ACUUUUAUCAAAGCGAUAAAAGCAGUCAAUAACAGUAUGUCCAAUUUUAUGGCAUAGCUGGCAUUGAAUUCUGUUGUGAUGCUGAGAUGGUUUGCCUCCUCUAGUGCCAGGAAUAAAGCCUCUCCCAGAGUUGUAAAAGGAAGGUGAUCCUCGAAAGGAAUUACCAGAAUAGGGAGCUCGAUUAGAAGAGAAGUUAGGAAAAUUGGGAGGGUGAAAAUUUGAGUAUGGAGGAUAAUACUGACCUCUUUGUGGCAUAGGAUUUCUGAAAUUCCUGUUGAAUUGAGCAAGAUUUGCUUCAAGUUGCAGCAAAUUUUCAGAGGAUCGUGAUGUUGAGUCAGCAAUGGCGAGAUUAAGAGUCGGCUCCACAUCUUUUUCAGACUUCUCGAUUCUUGAUUCUGAAGCCAAGAGUAGAGCUUCAAUUUCACCCACUGAAUAUUCCUCAAUUCGAGUGUUUGAGGAAAUAAUGAAGGUAUCAUAAUCGCUGGGUAAUCCUUUGAAAAUUGCUGCAAUGUGAUCUCGAGAGGACAGAUUUUCACCCACAGAAGCUAAGAGAUCAACAUGUUGCUUAACCUUUAGCAAAUACUCAUCCAAUGACAGAGAACCUUUCUUGAGAUUCUGAAGUUUAGUCCUGAACUCAAGAAUUUUAGAGGAGACUUGUAGAGUGAAAUGCUUCUCCAGUGUACGCCAUAUUUGUCGAGCAGUGUUACACCCAACCAUUCGAAUGAGGAGGUUCUCGUUCAUGGAUGAUAGGAGCCAAGACACCAAUAACUGAUCUUGAGUUUCCCAGCUCAAGAACUCCGGAUUGUAUUUUUGAGCUGCUUGAUCAGCAUCUGAGAGAAACUGUGGUGGAGGAGCAAUUUCUUGAAUGAACCUUUGAAGCUGAUGUCCACGGAUUGCAGCUAGUACUUGUUGCUUCCAGAGUAGAAAAUUGUGGUCAUUGAGUUUUACAGAGAGAGAAUGGCUAAAGUAUAUGGGACUGCGAGAUUGCUCUGUUUCACGGGUUCGACUGCAUGGAUUUGCAGGGGGAUUCGAUUGUGCGGGCUGAGGAUCGGAGGAGGUGGAGUUGCCUAUACCAUUAACAGCAGCAUUUGCCAUUAAUGGAGGAAAAGGCUCUGAUACCAUGUUUGAUCUGGUAUUGUACCUAGCCAUGAAGAACGAAAGGAAGAAAGCAAAGAGGAAGAAAGAGAGAAAACACAGAGCUGAAAGAAUAGCUUCUUGAUAUUAUGAAUUGAUACAAGGCAAUAUAUAUACAGCUGAUGAAAACAGAAAACAGUUACAGCAAAUACAAUCUGCCAUUCUUUGGAGCAGUGAAAGCCUACACAGAAAAGCAAUUCGAGUUCCACAUGGCUGAAUUGGAUGGAUUGGACAAACGCAUAAGACCUUACCUCAAAAAAAUCGGGUAUGAAAAGUGGUCAAGAAUUCAUAGCCAAAACAAGAGGUAUUCCACAAUGACCUCAAACAUAUUAGAAUCACUGAACGCUGCAAAUUUGGCAGCAAGGGAGCUACCAAUUACAACGCUGCUAGAAUGCUUGAGAGCAUUGGUGCAACAAUGGACGCAUACUAAUAGGACAAAAGCACACAACACCUUCACUAAGCUAUCACCAACUGGAGAAGACAUACUGUUGAAAAAUUACACAUACUCAUUGAAUCUGGAGGUUAAAGCAACAACAGAUUACUUGUUUGAGGUAACAAGAAUGAAAGAAUCGUGGGAAGUAGACCUAGAAAAAAGAACAUGCACGUGCAACAGGUUCCAAAUAGAUGAAAUGCCAUGCGGGCACGCAGUGGCCGUGAUGAGGGAGAUGAACAUGGACCCGUACACCUACUGUUCAGAUUACUACACAAAAAAAAAUUGGCUGGCAACUUAUUCAGGGACAGUUUACCCAAUAGGACACCAAAGUGAAUGGGAGGUACCGGAAGAAGUGAAAAAUAUUACAGUCUUGCCUCCACAUGAAAGAGUAAAAUCAGGAAGACCAAAAACAUUAAGAAGGAAGGUUGGAUGGGAAAAGGAUCAACACAACAAGUGCAGCAAAUGUGGUGAACUGGGGCAUAACAAAAGAACAUGCAGCAGAAGACGUAGAAGGGAAUAAAAACAACAACAGAACAACAGUGGAAAAACAAAAGAAAACUACACAUACGUUAUGAGAAUUAGAUAUUGAGGAAUUUAAAUUUCUGAAAUACACAGGGAAUACAGUUUUUAUUUGAAAAACAUUGAUUACAUUGGGAAUUGUUGAUACUCUAGAUUGGAUAUUAAAAGAUGUUGGAUACUAAAUUGAAUAUAUAUAUGAAGUUUGUUAUUGAAA